AUGGACGCCGACUCGACAGCACCCGCCUCCGCCGUUGUCUUGCGCCUGCCCGGGCUUUUCGGCGCCAUCGCAUCCUUCCAAGACGGCCUCCCAUCCGCGCUGCGUCCGAUGGACCACUUCUGGAAGACUGCCGUGCGCUUUCGCUACCAAGAUGGUGGCCACUUUGCCUUUACGGUCGCGGGCGCGACGUACAACAGCAGCGAACUGCUCUUGGAGAAGAAUGACGUUCGCUUUCCGUGCCGCCUGGCGAUGCUCCAAGGCGACGACGACGCCUGCCUCGCAUGGGCGGCCAACUACAAGGCCACGCUCCUCACCCUUGAUAUGGCCUUUCCCACCACCGUGGCCUGCGCUGCCCGACACAACCGCAUCCAUGUCAUUCAGUGGCUCAUCAAGCACGGGUUUACCAUCUCGUCGCAGGCCUUUGUGGACGCCGCCAAGGUCGGCAACCUGGAUGUCGUCGCGCUUCUCUGCGCCCACGCACCGCACGUCGUGCCGGCGGUUGCAGUCGCGUGCGCCGCAUCGCGCGGCCACCUCGACAUCAUCGAGUACCUCCACGCCCAUUGCCCACGAGCGUCUUGCGGCCCGGCGAUCUUGGGCGCGAUCAUUGCACCCGUCAACAGUGUCGCGAUACUGCACUUUCUCCACAGUACCUUCCACGUCCGCCCGACCGAGAACGACCUUCUGGAGGCCGUCCAGCGCAACGACAUGAGUGUUCUCGCUGCCGUCCUCGACCUGUGCGGGCCUGAUUUGGCGCUCCAUCACGUGCAGCUGGCGCUGCGCCCGGCGACAUAUCGCCAAUUCCCAACCGCGGUCGCCUACGUCGUCGAGCGCUGCCGCGCACUGGGCCUGCCCGUCGCGCUACCGCCACUCCAAGACGAACCCGCCCGAAAUGACCUGGAUUGGGAUUGUGUCGUCGAUGAUCUCUGCGACGUGCGCUACGACGAGGUAAACGUCGUGCCGCAAGCGACCGCGCGGCUCGGGAAGGCGCCGCCGGUCGACGGGUCUCGCCUCGACCUCGUGCGGUGGCUCCUCGACCAUGACUGCAAGAUCUCGUCCACGGCCAUGGACAUGGCAGCGUGGAGCGGCGCGAUGGACAUUCUUCGCUUCCUCCACGACGAGCGCCACGAGGGCUGCUCGACAAUGGCCUUGGACAUGGCUGCAAGCAACGGCGACUUGGACAUGGUGACCUUCUUGCACACGCACCGACGCGAAGGCUGCACGAUGGCAGCGAUGAGCCGCGCGGCGGCGAAUGGCCACUUGGACGUCGUCCGGUUUCUGCACGACAAACGCAAGGAAGGCUGCUCGGUGCACGCGAUCGACUCCGCUGUCUUUGGCGGCCAUCUCGAUGUCGUUGCGUUCUUGCUAGCGCACCGAAGCGAGGGCUUCACAGACGACGCGAUGGCGUGGUGCUACUCCAACGUGAUGCGCGAGCUGCUCCAUGCGCAUAUGCACCUGCGAAAGGAGAGACCUGCCAUGCGCUUCGUUGUGGGCCAUAAUGACGACGACCAAGAGGAUGACGACAACUAG